AUAAUAAAAGCUAUAAGCUGACGGGUGAAGGAAAUGAAUGAAGUGGCGGUGUGGCAAGCAUCAAUAUUGCAAGCCUAAAAUUAGAGACGGUGGCUGAUUGCACGGUGAGGUGUUGAAUGAAAAAAGAGCAAACGGUAAAUUUUGAAGAUACAGAGGAAGAUUAAGUAUGGAGAGCGGUUUGGAGGGCCAGAUGUCGACUCAUAGGCAUGAGGAAGAUGAGUCUUUGAUGGAGAUGGGAUCUGGGCGUUUUGGGUGUUCGCAUUACAGAAGGAGAUGCAAGAUCAGAGCUCCUUGUUGCGAUGAGAUAUUCGAUUGCAGGCAUUGCCAUAACGAAGCAAAGAAUGCAUUAGAAGUUGAUCCUCUCACUCGGCACGACGUUCCUCGCCAUGAAAUAAAAAGGGUUAUCUGCUCUUUGUGUGGCACAGAACAAGAUGUUCAGCAGAAUUGCAUCCACUGUGGGGUAUGCAUGGGACAGUACUUCUGUUCAAAAUGCAAGUUCUUCGACGAUGAUGUUUCAAAGCAAAUAUACCAUUGCAACAAGUGUGGAAUCUGCAGAACUGGAGGAGAGGAGAACUUUUUCCACUGUGAUAAGUGUGGAUGUUGCUAUUCAACAGCUUUGAAGGAUUCACACAAUUGUGUGGAAAGAGCAAUGCACCAUAAUUGCCCUGUUUGCUUCGAGUAUCUUUUUGAUACGACCAAAGACAUUACUGUCUUGCAUUGCGGACAUACCAUACAUUUGGAAUGUUUGAAAGAGAUGGAACGUCAUUUCCAGUACUCAUGCCCUGUCUGCUCAAAGUCAUAUUGUGAUAUGUCCCGUGUUUGGGAAAAGCUGGAUCAAGAGGUUGCUUUGACUCCCAUGCCAUCUAUGUUCGAAAAUAAGAUGGUUUGGAUACUCUGCAAUGACUGUGGGGAAACAUCAGAGGUAAAUUUCCAUAUUGUGGCUCAUAAGUGCCUAAAAUGCAACUCCUACAAUACAAGGCAGACACGAGGAGGCCCUGCUUCAUGCUCAUCGAGGAUUGAGGAGAUGAUGAGAUAAUCAUUGAUUCAGAACUUUUGUGUCACUAGUCCUUACUUCAGGGGUCAAUCCAACUAGUUCUGCAGAACAGCCUAGUUACUUGAAACAUGGAAGGCAACAACUGUUGUUAAUUCCUUUAUUCUUUGCCAAUUGUUUCCCUAGAAGUUCUCUUGUUGUGGAAUAUGUGGCCAAUUUCAAGCUGACGUGUAUCACCAGAUGCGCCAAGCCCUCAUUUUCUUUUCUUUUUUUUGGGAAGAUGUGAUAUUGUGUACUGGGGAAAUAUUGAAUGUAUUGAAAUCUAUUUUUCACUACAAAAUUGAAGCUUCAUGUUUGUCCAAAAUAUAGAUUUAGGUUUCCUCUGGAAAUAACUGCUCUUUUUGAAGUGUCGAUAUUGAAUGUUU